AGGUUAUGCCACCAUCUCCGUCGAUCAUGGUGUAAAUGGCAGUGUUGUGCCGCGAUGCACUUCUCGAUCCCGAAGUCGUCGCUUGUGUUGGAGCCUGGCAAAGAAGGCUACAUUAGCUAUGAUUUAUACGUCAAUGGACUCUACCAUUGCUCUUGUCGCUAUCGAAAGUUACUCACGCUACACGAGAAACUCAAACAAGUUUUCGGACAUGGCAUGAUUGCUGGUAUUUCUUUCCCGCCGAAGCGGUUUCUUCCGCUUUCUGACCAGCAACUGGAAUCCCGACGAUGUCAACUCGAAAAAUAUCUGCAGCUGGUGAGCCAGAUUCAGCGAGUACGGAAUUCGGAGCAGUUCUGCGCAUUCAUGGUGGAAACGCAACUCGAAACUUACGAGAAAGAUGAAGAAAAUGGUGAUGAUAAAGCACCAGGGAAUGCUUAUUCUCUGGAAGUAGAAACGAUGAUGAACUCGAAAACUUGCCUUACUCUCGAACGUAAAGAGCGGGGAUUAUCCACCAAAGAUAUUUUGCACCGCGUUUGCGAAGAUUUAAAGCUGCCUCAGACUCUGCACAAAUUCUUUGGUCUGGUUGUUCUUCGCAAGUACCCUGACAUCGGGACGUUUUCUGUUGUGAGACGAUUGGAGGACUAUGAAGCUCCGUGGAUAACCAUGCAACGGAUGGAUGAUAAUCUGAAGAUAAUUCUUCGAAAAAGGUUCUGGGAUCCGGAUUUGGAUGCCGAACUGCUACGAGACCCGGUGGGGUUGAACUUGAGGUACUGUGAAGCUGUUGCCGAUGUUGAGCAUGAUUGGUGUCCUGUUCCACCGAAUGUACUCGCUCAUUUGACGCAAAUGCAAGCUAGGGGAUCUAAACGCCAGUACUUAGACCUGGUCCGUAGCCAAAAGUACUUCGGGUACUGGCGAUUCAGCGACACCCCUUGUCUGAGUGAUUACCCGCAGCCCAACACCCGUGUGAUCGUUCGCGUGGGCGACAAAGAACUAGUCACAGAAACCCUGGACAAGAAUUCUACGUCUGUGUUUCGAGUCACGCGAAUGCGGUGCUGGCGAAUCUCUGGAAAGCUUCCGAUGACCGCGUCCAACGGGAACAAUGGUGAUGAAGACGAGUCCAUCGCAGCUGAUUUAUCCUUCGAGUACCUGGUCGGCAAGGACCAGAUGGACUGGGUGACCAUCAAGAGUCCGCAGGCUGUGUUGAUUUCCUUGUGCUUGCAGAGCAUUGUGGAUGAGUUGUUAGGGAAGCAGCUGCAGAGGAAAGGAAGUGUAGAGCCAGUGCUAGAGCCCGAGUCGCGGUUUUCGCGGCGUUGGUUUGAGAAUAGGUUUUCGUCUUCGCGGUCCAGAGAUGAGCCAGUCGUGCUGCGGAACGCGUUCGUCCAAAACGCGGUUUUUCAUAACAUCGGCGACGAAGAUCUUUGA